AUGCACCUGCAGGCUCGGCCCAGGGCCGUCUCAUCGGCCCCCAGCACCCGGCGUUCAGCAAUCAACCGCAGCAGGAUUGUAGUUUGUGAUGCGGCGGACAAAAAGAAGGUCAUAGUGGUCGGUGGCACUGGCCGGGUGGGCUCAGCGACCGCGUCCUCGCUCCUGGAGAACUUCGGUGACCAGUACGACGUCUCCGUGUCAGGCAGGACUCGGGAGAACUUUGAGAAGAUCGUGCAGCUGCGGCCGCGGCUGCAGGGGGCGCGGUUUGUCCCAUGCGACAUCACCGACCUCGAGGCCGUCAAGGCCACCAUCGCGGGCGCCGACCUGGUCGUGCACACCGCGGGCCCGUUCCAGCGGUCGUCAAACUUCAACGUUGUCGAGGCGGCCAUAGAUCUCAAGAUCCCAUACAUGGACGUCUGCGACGACACCACCUACAGCGAGGGGGUCAAGGCGUACUCUGACCGUGCCGCGGCCGCGGGCGUCCCCGGGCUCACCACCGCGGGCAUCUACCCGGGCACCUCCAACGUGAUGGCGGCCCACAUCCUGUCCAUAGCGCGCGGCGAGUACGACGAGGAGUGGCGCUACAAGUGA